CUCCUUCGCAACGCAUCACCAACACAUCACACAGAUCCACGGCAGGGGGGCAUAUGAUUCAGGAGCACGAGCCGGAUUAUGUUCGGGGUUAAUCCACGAUGAGGAUCAUUCCACCGCUUUUUUAAAUGUUCCCGUCUUUCUAGCUUUUCCGGUGGAAACGUCGAGCAGCGACGUCCUCUUCCUCGCUCCGCCCCUCGACCACUGCAGAUCCUCCUGAAUCUUUCCGGAACCACGGACCUCUGCAUGCGACAGUCUCACUGAUAAAGUCCCUUUACUUUACGCACGAUUUCCACCGCGAUCCACGAGCUCGGGUCAGGAUUUGUGCAGCUUUCAUGCAUGAGCUUCAACAUGGAUUAAUAAUCCCAGCAUGACUCGCGCGGACGCUGCUUCCACACCAAACCGCACAAUGUAUCAGCUGCUGCGGUCGUCUUUACUACUGAACGCCCAGUGCUGGGACGCCGACAGUAAGCGGUAUUACCAGGACCUGUUCGAUAAGCUCGAUACCAACAAUGAUGGGAAGGUGGACGUCGCGGAAUUACGAGCGGGCCUCAAGUCGAUGGGUGUUUUCCGCCAGGGUGCUGCACAGAAAAUCGUCUCGUCCGGUGACCAAAACCAGGACGGGAGUCUGGACUUCAGCGAGUUCACCAGAUAUCUGAAGGAGCACGAGAAGAAGCUGAGGCUCACGUUCAAGAGUUUGGACCGAAACAACGAUGGGCGGAUUGAUGCCUCAGAGAUCCAGCAGAGCCUCGCAGAGCUGGGCAUGGACAUCAGCAGGCAGGAUGCACUGAAAGUCUUACAGAGUAUGGAUAUUGACGGCACCAUGAUGGUGGACUGGAAUGAGUGGAGAGAGCACUUCCUGUUUUACCCUGGACACAAUCUGGAGGAGAUCAUUCGCUUCUGGAAACACUCCUCGGUGCUGGACAUAGGUGACAGUCUCACCAUCCCUGAUGAAUUCACAGAAGAAGAGAAGAGCUCAGGAAACUGGUGGAAGCAGCUUUCUGCUGGUGCUGUGGCGGGCGCCAUCUCUCGCACCGGUACCGCCCCUUUGGACAGGAUGAAGGUCUUCAUGCAGGUUCACUCCUCUAAGAGCAACACGAUAAGUCUGGUGGGAGGCUUCAAACAGAUGAUAAAAGAAGGAGGUCCGUCGUCACUGUGGAGGGGAAACGGAAUCAAUGUUUUAAAGAUUGCACCCGAGACAGCAAUCAAAUUUAUGGCAUAUGAGCAAUAUAAGAAAUUGUUAUCAACAGAAGGCCAAAAGAUUGAGACACACAAGAGGUUCAUGGCCGGCUCUAUGGCCGGGGCCACAGCACAGACAGCCAUCUACCCAAUGGAGGUAUUGAAAACCCGACUGACGCUGAGAAAGACCGGCCAGUUUUCAGGAGUGUUCGAUUGUGCCAAGCAGAUCCUGAGGAAGGAGGGUGUCAAGGCUUUCUACAAGGGCUACAUUCCAAACCUACUGGGCAUCAUUCCUUACGCCGGGAUAGACCUCGCUGUUUAUGAGAGUCUUAAGAACACGUGGUUGUCGCACCACCCCAAAGACUCGGCUAACCCCGGAAUUCUGGUGUUGCUGGGCUGCGCGACCAUCUCCAGCACCUGUGGGCAGCUGGCUAGCUACCCGCUCGCACUCGUACGCACACGGAUGCAGGCACAAGCGUCUCUGGAUUCAUCAGACCAGCCGGCCAUGAGUUCCCUAGUAAAGCGGAUCAUAGCCCAAGAAGGCUUUUUCGGACUCUACCGGGGUAUCCUGCCAAACUUCAUGAAAGUAAUUCCUGCUGUCAGCAUUAGCUAUGUGGUUUAUGAAUACAUGAAAACUGGCUUAGGGAUCUCCAAAUGACCGUCCAAGCAAAUCCAAGAAGGAGGAACCGUUACUGUAUUUGUCAGACCUGCAAAAUGUCUGGAAUAACUCCAAGAAGACAGAUGGACAUGAGACAUACAGAGCAUGACUUCCUCAGCUGGAACAGGAGCCCAGCGGAUGGAGAACUGCAUGUAUCCCAGGGUUGUCUGUCAGUAGCUGAAGCAUUAAUCGAUUGUGGAGAGCAUGCUUUAAUUUGUAUCCUGCUGUCACACGCGACACACUCACCAAAACAAUACUUGAGAAGCAGAAAGAAGCAGAAAGAAUUGUACAUGAAAUAUGCAUGAAAGGUAAUGUUUAAAUCCAAACUGCUUAAUUUAACCAACUCUUAUUCAACCAAAAUGCUAACUGAGUGGGACUCAGCGUCUUAACAAAGGAAUCAUUUUCUCUGGAGAAAGGUGGAGCUAAUCACACAAGACUACACAGCAGCAUUAACAUUGGUUUUCAACUCAUUAAUAGUCAAAAUGAUACAAUGCCAGUUUACAUUUUUAGAGGUAUUUUAACACUUUUCCAAGUUGCCCCUGUGACAGCUCCGAACAAUCACUGCUCCAAUCAGCCGCUGUGAGAAAAAUAAUUUUCCCUGAAAAAUUAUUAGUACACUGGAAUACGGUGUGUGUGCGUGAGAAGACACAUACAUACACCUUGUGCCAAAAGCCCUUCAUCAAUGUUUUUUAUUUUAUUUUAUAUAUUAUAAUACUGUAUGUCUGUAUAUCUGUGUACAUAUAUAUUUAUACAGUAUCUUGUCAUAGUCAUGUUAAUUUAUGGGGUGUAAUGAUGGUUAUGCAACAUGGCAGCAUCUUAAAGAAAACACUGAUAUUUUGCUUUUGGACUGAAAAGCUUGUGAGGAGAGUUUGUCUUCUUUAUUUCCCAUUUGACACAUCUAGAACCUCACAUCGAAUACACACCCAUUAUAGGUUCCUGUUACACUCAACAUUUCCUUCUUGUUCUGUCACACUGUGGGAAUUUUCUAUUCACCAUGGCUGAUGACAAUCAAAGCAUUUUUUUCUUUAUGUUUUCAAGUCACAUUAUGAGUUCCCAGGUUUUUAAGAAACUAUGAAUGAUUCUCAUGAUUACAUUUUCCUGAACAUGUGGACAUUUUUCACAGAAGUUUAUAUGGACUUUGAUGGAAGGCUGAAUGUAGAGCAAUGGUUCAGUGGAACAAUGGUUCAGUGAUGUCUAGUUUGAAGAUGAUUGAGAUCGUACUGAGUGAGGCGUGUGGACAGCACCACCCACUGGUAAAUAAAGAAAAACACAUUGGA